AUGCCACCUCAUCUCCGCAAUCUCGACAGUGACACUGUUUCUGGCGACCACCAAGCCUCAGAUGACAGCUCUAUCCCAGCUUCCCCGCAGAGAGCCACGGAAGGGUCCCCGUCGUCUCCUCCAAUUCUCUCCAAUCAGUCUCCAACUCGCGUCCGUGACACUCCUCCAGCAUCACCCCAUGGACAGAAUCUGGGCGGUCGGCGGCGAUCUUCUACCUCCUUCGGAGGUCGUCUCGCGGCUCCCCGACGGAGAUUAGGUGUUAUCAACUCUCGACGCGACUCACUGCGGUCUGUUGAUAGAACUCCAAACCGAGUAGUUCGCCCACGUCACCGCACGCGUACUAUUCGUGACUAUCGGCGAACUAGAAGCUUCCUACAAUACGUCUCUUCUGUUGAGGAUCUCAGUCGAGCAAUCUCUGGCGUGCAACAGACUGGCCAGCCGCAGCCUGGGAAUAGACAACACCUUGCGAGUCAUCCUUCUGAAAUGCUUGGGAGAAGAACCCGCACGCUCCAAGUUCGGUCCUGGGAAGAUCCUCCCACACCAAGUCGUCUGUUCCCAAUUCCCGAGCACCAUGCAAUCGGUCAAUCGACUCAUACACCCGGGCCUCAGCCAUCUCAUCCAUCAACUAACAGAGGGACUGCCCCGUCUACAGGACGGAUGCCGGAACUCUCUCGCCUGAGCAUUGAUUCUCAGGGGAGUACAAAUAGCGACAGCCCUGAGCAUGACACUCAACCUUCUGUCCGUCCCAACCGCCUCCGGUAUCCGGGACACGUACUCUAUUGCGACUGCUCUGUUUUCGAUAUGUUGAAUGAGCCUUGGAGCCCGUAA